GUAGUCAUAAGAUUUGAGAGAAUAUGUUUGGUAGAACAUUAGUCGCCGUGUUCCUCUUUGUCACCGUGUCCAACGCGUUUGUUGUGGACAUGUUCCGGGAUCUAGUCUCGUCCUGCAGUGAUGCGAAGAAACCGACCAAUCCAGUGCAAGAUGUGUCACAGACUUGUUUGGAGAACGCGGCGUCCGGCUCCUGCAAUUUUUACGACUGUUUUGAGCAGAGAUUCCCGUGUGGGAACUGUGGAUUUAGUAAGCACUAUGGCACAUACGACUGUGAGAAGUUUUACCAACCUGUAUACUACAACCAGUUUAACGAUCUAGGAAAACGUUGGAUCAAAGCAACCGGGGACUGUCUUAUAAACACACUGAAGCAAUUCUACACACAAGACACGGUCCGAUGUCGAAUGAUCAAGACCACCAUGAUGGAUCACGUGUCUACUUGUUACCUGCACAACGCUGCCAACAUCAGCUUCUGUGACGUUUUUUGGGACAAUAGGGAUGCCCUUAUGGGGGUGUACGAAGCCAGCAGCUUUCUACAACCCACAGAAAUCCAUAGGGUACUAUUUGAGGUACUACAGAUAGGGACCAGUUGCACUGGAAACCGAGCAUCGGAGUUUCGGACGCUAAUAACGGAGAGAUUGACACCUGUCGUCUCUCAGGCCGGAAGUCGAUUACAGGAAGUUGGAAGACAAAUAGGAAGUCGAUUAGAAGAAGCAGGGAGACAAGUGGGAAAUUGGUUUAACAACAUUUUCUCCAAGUAGAAAUCCAGCAGGAACCAUCUCAGGAAAUCCAAAAACUCUGCAUAAUGUUCAAGUUCUUGAGUACUGUCCACCUAUCGUAAUUGCUAGUAAUUAAUAAAUCGUUCUCCGGUGAUUAUUCAAUGAGGGUUGUAAAUAUCAUUUUAGUACAUGUGUAACAGUCUUGACGUGUCUCAUUAAUAAAAUUGAAAAGAAAUCUCAUGAAAGAGUAGUUGAAAACAUUUAACCGCAGAACUUAAGGCUACGUGUUUUUAAGUAUAAUAAAGUCAGACGAUGGAUUUCUAACUGUAUCCCGCCACACUGGAUCUACUAUCAUGUAGCUCUUAUAAGUCAAUUAUAGUAGAUUAAUCAGAUGCGGCUCAAUUUGAUUUUUUUUAAAUAUUUACUUAAGGGGGCCGACUGGGGUUUUCAUUGCGCAAUACUUCGCGCAGCAUAGUAAAAUAAAGCGUAUUUGCUCUUUUAAAGCAACUAUUUUUACAUAAUUUACAAUAAUUAACAAAUUUAGGAAAACUAAGGUUAAAAAAUCUAAUUACGUUUUUAAAUAACUGAUUUUUUAAACGAUUUUUGAAAUGAUGGGUAGAUAGACGUCGUAACAGCGUGUUUCUGACGUUAUGAAUAACCGAAGUUCUUUAAGCGGGGUCAUUAAUUAUGUCAUAAAAUAAAAAGUAUAGAAUAGAUGCUCUUGAAAUUUUAAACACAGGAAAUUGAGAAUCUCACAAUAAUUUUUAUUUUUUUUAUGUAAAUCUGUGGUAUCUGUCAUAUUUUGUUGUACUCCAUAAAAACAGGAAAAUAUCACGAUUUUAGACAUUUUGAGAUGCCCCCUCUGGAAACCAGACGGUAGAAUUUUGUGUUUCUUGCAAGAAAUGUACAAUAUAGUAUUAUCCAUCAAAAAAUAUAAUUUGAGCAAAAAGUCUAUAGUAGCAUUUGUAUAAUUUGCUCCGAAGUGCGAAAAAAUGGUAUUUCCCUAUAUAGCCCUAUAGUAAAUGUACCUGUAUUUUGAGAUGGUCCCUAAAAAAUAACCAGACGGUAGAUGUUCACUAAACUUGGCAUAUAUACUGAAGUCAAUGUAAGGUAUAUAUUGUAUAAAAUUAAAGAGUUUCUCUAUAGUAGUUUUCACACAAUAAAACCCCAGUCGGCUCCCUUAAUUCAACCUUCUGUGGUAAGUACAGCAGGAAACCAAUUUAUUUGCGGAAAUAAAAAUUAGUUUUAUCUUGACAAAUUAGAUUUUCAAAAUUGAAUCUGUCCUUGAUAUUAAGGCUAGUAGGAAGAAAUUUCAGAUUUUUGGGGGGAGGGGGGCACAGUAUGGGCGGGUACUACCGUACCAAGCCACAAUUUACUGACAAGCGGAAAAAAGGUCAUCAGACGUUAAAUAUUGAGGGGGCCUCUAAAGUAUACAAUAUAUCGUCAAAAUUAUUUCCCCCUUUCCCCCCUCCCCCGAUUCCUACGGCCAUAUACAUGUAGUUUUCUAUCACAACUUCAAUUCUUAAAAGUUCCUAGUGCUUUUGUUUCCUCAAAUUCCAUAACAUUACCACUUUAAACAAGAAAAAGACGUUGCCAUCAAUUGGGAAACAUACUUUAUACAUGUUAAAUGUUCUGAAAAAAUACGGGAGCUGGAAUUUUAAACUUAGGAAUAUGAUAAGCAGAUAUGUAUAUUAGAUCAGAAAAGACGCAUUUUUCAUAUGAAUGUAAAGGAUGUAAAUAUUUUGCAUAUUUCAUAUAUGAUAAUAUUUCUAAAAAAUAUUCUGACAUUUUCAUUUUUUAAAGACAUACUUUAAUUAUAAAUUUCUCUUCCCCUCAAAAUCGCAUUGACCAACAUAAACGUAUACAAUAUACAUGUAAGUAAAGAACACUCCUCCGGUAGUACAUGUAGUUUGUGUGCAAGUGGUCUACUACAUGUAUUGAUAUUUUGAUAGCUAGACUUAUGACUCACACUUCUUACUUGACCUAUUGUAUUAUAAGUACAUGUAUAAAUGUUUUUGUAUAUCAUGUACCAUUUACAUGUACAUGUCAUGCUUUUGAGAGAAUAAACUGAACAGAAGAUUAA